UUGAUCACUUUAAUUGGUACGUCAGUGGUGCGAAAGCUGUGGUGGGUGAUGGACGUGUAGUGAUAGUGUAAAAUGAAGUGGUUAAUUGUAAUCGGACUUUUUAUUUAUGUGGAGCUUACUGAGGGCACCGCGAUACGGGUGCCGUCACAAGCUCCAGCGAAAGAUUCAAGUAUAACGGACACAACAGAAAAAGAAUAUAUAAAAUCAGAAGAGUUCAGUACAUACGAAGAUGUGCGGUUAGAAGCCGAGUGUUUGGUCGGGAGUGAGUGGGUGAGCAACUGUCACACGUGUCGCUGCUCCGAGGAGGGCAGAGCUAUCUGCUUAAAACAAGAAGUCUGUGAUAAGACCUAUGGUGAACCGCUGAAAUGCAAGCCAGAGACGUCGUUCAAGAGAGAUUGCAAUAUGUGUAGAUGCCUUGAUAAUGGUCUAGUACUUUGUACUAUGAAGGGUUGUUCGCGAGGAACCAUUCUAUUGAAAGCGGAUUUGCAAUCGGGGAAAGAUUGUUCACCAGGCACGAGUUGGAAGAGCAGAUGCAACGAUUGUUUCUGCUCCGAAGAGGGUGUCAGGAACUGCACAAUACUCGAUUGUCCGGGACAAGAAAAUGAACCCGUACUCCGAUGUGCUCCGGACUCCAGGUGGAGGAACGAAUGCAACACUUGCUGGUGUACGACAAAUGGACACGCCAUGUGUACUAAAAUGGGAUGCUCAAUGUAUACCGUUUCAGAUUGGAAGCCACAACCAGCUGAAGAAGUAGAAAACAGAUUUUUGUCGUCUGUGGCACCAAAAUCUGUUAACGCGUCCGAUGUCGUAUGCACUGCUAACAGAAUGUUUAUAAGAGACUGCAACACUUGUUGGUGCAAUGACGAUGGAACUGGCUUCUUUUGCACGAGAAAAGUCUGCGUCCUUCCCGAAGAGGGUGAAGAGAAUCCUGAGAAUUUGAGGACAAUCAAAAAGCAAUGCCGUCCCGACGAAGUAUUUGAACUGGACUGCAAUACAUGUCGGUGUAAUUCUGAUGGCGAGUCGUAUUCCUGCACUCGGCGAGUCUGCGUUUCUGAACCUGACGAAAAGGACAAAAACAGAAGAAAGCGAGCAACUUCACAGCAAAAACCAAACCCCGAUACAGCGCCGUCCAGGCCAGCUCCAACCUUAAAGGGUGCACCGAAGAACUGCCAACCAAACCAAGAGUUUCGCUUGGAUUGCAAUAAAUGCCUUUGUGAUAAUGAAGGUCAGAAUUAUUCAUGCACGAGAAUUGAUUGCGCUGCCUUAAACAACAACAAUGGAGCCGAUAGGACAAAGCGAGAAGUAGCAUCACAAGAACAGUUAAACUGUACACCUGGUACGGUCUUUGACCAGGGGUGCAACGUGUGCCAGUGCACCACAGAUGGAAACCACGCCGUAUGCUCCAUGAAACGUUGUCACGAUGAGAGCGAGAAUGAUAUUAAUGCUCCCGAGAACGACCCAAACUUCCGAUGCAAUCCGGGAGAACAAUUCAAACGCGGAUGUAAAGAUUGUACAUGUUCAGCUGAUGGUAGGAGCACCUUCUGUACUCUACGUCUUUGCGACCAAGACAUCAACCCAGCGCUUUAGAUUUAUGCCACCCUGGUACAUCAGUGAGUGAUUAUUUUACAAUGUUUUCUUUUAAUAAAUGUAAUAAUAAUAAAAAGCGAGCAAAUCCAAUAUCAAGAUUACAAAGAAACGUUAUUUUAUUUAUACAGUCCUGGUAUGUAAGAAUUCCGACAAUUUAGGCUUUUACCUACAUACCAACGAUAAAAAACUAAAAAUACUACCUUAUC